AUGCACUCACGUGUUGCUGCAGUGAAGGCACCCCGCACACACAACCGUCGCCGCGUGACCGGAUCCAGCGGGAGGAGGAGGGAAGGAGGAGAGAGUGAGCCGCAGAGGCCCAACAUGUCCCGGCAUCUCCUCUACUCUGCGGUGCUCCUCCUCGUCGUGAUGGUGUGCUGCGGCAGUGGAGAGGCUGCGGGAGUUGCGGGGCAGCCAUCUGGUCCUCAGUUUGAAUGGAGGGGCAUCAAUGAGAGUGAUGAUGUAACUGUGGACUCGUUGGGUGCUCCCAGCCUUCUAAAAGUGGGGAAUGACGUAUUUGCCGUUGCCGAGGCGCAGUGCAAGAACGGUGGUGUCGGUUUUACUGGCGUUGCAUCUCAACUUCUCACGACACAAACUGCUGAGACACCGGUGGAAUUGUUUAUUGAUGCCUUAAAGAAGACACAAGUACUGGAGGAAGGUGCUUCUAAAGACCAAAGGAAGAAAGUGGAUGUGAGCCGACCAACAACUGCUGUGAAGGGGAAUGAUAUUUACAUGCUUUUUGGACAGUACGGCAGUAAAGUUGCCGUUCCUGGACAGGAUGAUGCGGCUCAAUUGGGACUUUUGCUGGUGAAAGGGAGCGUCAGUGGUGGGGGUACAAGUAACAAGAAAAUUGACUGGGAAGUUAUAGAAAGUUCCCCGCAAGGACUUUUUGCCACACAGCUCGAUUCCUGGACAAGGCUGAUUGGAAGCGGUGGAUCGGGUGUUGAGAUGAAGGAUGAGACUCUUGUGUUCCCAGUGGAAGGCACGAAGAAGAAGGCGGUGGGGGGCACUGAAGAGGGUGUGAAGACUGUCUCACUGAUCAUAUACUCCUCCACGGAUAAUAAGAAUUGGACGCUGUCGAAGGGGAUGUCUGACGGUGGCUGCAGUGAUCCCUCCGUCGUGGAGUGGGAGGAGGGAAAACUCAUGAUGAUGACCGCGUGUGGUGAUGGCCCUCGCAGGGUGUACGAGUCCGGUGACAUGGGGGAGUCGUGGACGGAGGCCCUCGGGACACUCUCGCGUGUGUGGGGCAACAAAAAGGACGGACAAGCGACGGCCGUUAGAAGCGGGUUCAUCACAGCGACGAUUGACGGUGUUGGUAAUAAAAAAGUGAUGCUCGUCACUCUGCCGGUGCAUGCCGAGGAAGGCAAAGAAAAGGGCAAACUCCAUCUUUGGCUGACGGACAAUACGCACAUUGUUGAUAUUGGGCCGGUAUCCGGAGAAGAUGACGCUGCCGCCAGCUCCCUGUUGUACAACAGUGGCGGGAACACUGAUGAGAGGAAGGAGGAGUUGAUUGCACUGUACGAGAAGAAGAAGGAUGUGAAACCACCACCCGGUAUGGUCUCUGUGCUUCUGACUGAGCAGCUGAAGCGUGUGAAGGAGGUGCUGACGACCUGGAAGGAGGUGGACGGACGUGUCUCCCAGCUGUGCACCUCAUUAAUUGCUCAGAAGGAUCGUGCCUCAACUGACGAUGUCUGCGGCGCUGUAAAGAUCACGGCUGGGCUGGUUGGCUUUUUGUCCGGCAACCUCUCCGGUGACACAUGGAGGGACGAGUACCUCGGCGUGAACGCCACAGUAAAUAAUAAAGGGGCAGCAGCGUCAACAUUGACCAGCACGGAUAGGGGUGUGACAUUUAAGGGACGUGGUGCGUGGGCGGAGUGGCCUGUUGGCAAGCAGGGGCAGAAUCAGCUGUACCACUUUGCGAACUACAACUUCACUCUUGUGGCGACGGCGUCCAUCGACAAAAUGCCGGAGGGAAACACCCCCAUUCCUUUGAUAGGUGCGAAGAUGAAUGGCGAUGGGAAUUCUGUACUGCUGGGACUGUCGUACGACAGCGAAAGGAAGUGGCAUGUACUGUGCUGUGACAAAACCCCUAAGGAGCCCAGCAGCACGUGGGAGACAGAGACACAGUACCAGGUGGCCAUUGUGCUAAAGAACGGCACCCAGGGCUCCGUGUAUGUCGAUGGUCAGCGUGUGGGGAAUGGAGAAUGUGCAUUGGGAAAUGGUGCGUCGAAAGAGAUCUCCCACUUCUACAUUGGAGGGGAUGGAGAAAACGCAGCCAACAAAGAAGACGUGUCUGCGACUGUGACGAACGUCCUGCUGUACAACCGCCCGUGGGAUGAAGCGGAGAUCGCCGCUUUCAACCCGAAUAAAGACCCCGCUCCAUCUCUGGUGGACGGGUCUGUUGAAGGAGACGCGAUUCGGCCUUCUGGUGGUGGUCAAGAAAUGGAGGAACAGAGAGAGUCGUUGGAGAGCAGUGGUGUGAACGGUGUAUCCGCACCAACAGUGCCCAGUGCCAAGACUUCCUCAGGAGAAGAGGUGUCCGCAACCCAGUUGGUUUCGGAAGAAUCUUCCGAUGGAAGUAAAAAUGUGGGUGGCGGUUCCUCGCCUGGCAGUGACGCACCGGUGGAGACAAGAGAAGGAGGAACGGAUGGGCAGAAGGAGGAGGAGAUCCACGCACAGAACGGGGACGUAAAUGCCACGGCCCUCAGCAGCAACCUUGGAAAUGUGUCGCAGGGGAAUAACACCGAUGCCGGCACCAUGCGUGGGAGCGGACUGCUGCCAUCGCUGCUUCUGCUUCUGUUGGGACUGUGGGGGUUGACGGCUCUGUGA